AUGACUUAUGCAGGAAGUACAGGAAAAAUAAAAAUUCUGAGCAUGUUACUGUGGGUCAGAAAAGUCAAACCUACUGCUGUCGUGUUAAACACCAUCAACCAAAGGUUGAACGUAGAAACGGCCAAGUAUUCCCUCAGACGGGUAGAUCUUAAGACUUUCACCAUUUCUAAUGGAACUCAAUCUAAAAUCAGCGAUCAUCUGUUUCAAGGGCAAAUGCCAAAACGAAUCGUUUUGGGGUUGGUAGCUAAUGACGCUUUCAAUGGUUCUAUUACCAAAAACCCGUUUAAUUUCAAAAAUGCAAAAGUCAAAAAGUUAGAAGUCAGCAUCAACGGAGGAACCAUCAGUACCCGUCCUUUUGAACCCGAUUUCCCUAACGAUCAGUAUCUCAGAUCCUACUUGAGUCUGUAUCAAGGUCUAGGAAAAUUCGGUGCGGAUUGGGCCCCAGGAGUCACUUUUGACGAGUAUAAAGACGGUUACAUCUUGUGGUGUAUAGAUUUCACCAAAGAUCAGGAAGCACAGCUAGACAAAUUUCAUCUGAUUGAGACAGGAAAUUUGAGAAUCGAAAUUCAAUUUGCAGAAAACACGACAGAAACUCUGAAUUGUUUAGUCUACGCUGAAUUUGAUAACUUGCUAGAAAUCAACAAACAAAGAGAAAGAGAGAAAAGAAGGAAGAGAGAGAAGAGGAGGAGAAAGAAAGAGAAAGAAGGAGAGAAAGAAGAAGAGAAAGACACGGAGGAGGAGGAGGAGGAGGAGGAGGAGGAGGAGGAGGAGGAGGAGAAUGGAGCUCAAAUUUUCGUGGUGAGUGAUGAACUGGAGAAAAUGGAGGAGGGAAAAGAUCGAUCAACCCUCGAAGAGGCCGCAUCAGAUUUUCAAGAGUGUGUAGAAUCUAAUAUUCCAGAAGACGAGAAUGAUGAUUGGGUCGAGUACCAAGCUAUGGCAGAAGAAAUCGACACGGAUAAAAUGGUAGAGAAAAUGAAUCAAAAGGAGCUAGAGGAAAUCGAAGGAGCCAGAGCAGAAAAAAUUGGGGGGAACCUAAAGAAAAAGAGAAGAGGAAAAAGAAGAAGAAAGAAGCAGAAAAAAAAACUAAGAGAUGCCAAAAGAGAAUUACUGUGUCAGUCCUAUCUAAAAAUGAAAAUGAUUGCAGACAGCAACAACGAACUCCUGAAACUGCUUCAAGUGUGCAAAGUGAUGGAAAAAAUAUAA